AUGAUGCCAUCUGGCUACCAGGUGAACGCACGUUGCGUGCUGUGGCGUCUAGAGUGGCCUCGAUUCCCUGGAAGUAUUCCGCAUUCGGAGAGGCUAAGAGAUUCGCUUACCAUCAAGAUACUGACCCCCGAGGAGCAGGAGUCCAUGCGCACGGUGUGCAGGCUUGCUCGUGAAGUUCUCGAUAUUGCGGCUGCCGCGGUUCGGCCAGGCAUUACCACCGACGAAAUCGAUGCAAUCGUGCACGAAGAGACCAUUAAGCGAGGUGCAUACCCAAGUCCACUUAACUACAGAGAGUUCCCGAAGAGCGUGUGUACGUCUGUGAAUGAAGUCAUUUGUCAUGGGAUUCCCGACCAGCGUAAGCUGGAGGAAGGUGACAUAGUCAAUCUCGACGUUACAUUGUGCUACAAGGGCUUUCAUGGAGAUUUGAAUGAAACGUAUCCAGUCGGUCAAAUUUCCGAAGAAUCCAAGAAACUCAUUCGAACAACACGACAAUGUCUCGACGCUGCUAUUGCAAUAUGCAAACCGGGGACACUAUUCCGUGAUUUGGGAAAGGCCAUUGAGCCCAUAGCUCGAGCUCAAGGGUGUAGUGUCGUGCGGAAUUACACUGGGCAUGGGAUCCACAAUCUAUUCCACUGCGCUCCAAACAUUCCGCACUAUGCCAAGAAUAAAGCACCCGGCAUCAUGAAGCCCGGCAUGUGUUUCACAAUUGAACCUAUGAUCAACCUUGGACCGUCUUGGGAUGUUGACCAUUGGCCGGAUAAUUGGACAGCCGUGACAGUUGAUGGCAAAAAGAGUGCACAGUUCGAGGAAACGCUACUAAUCACGGAGACAGGAGUCGAAGUUCUUACCGCAGGAAAGCCCCGCGAGGAUUUAAAAUGA